AUGAGCUUCCUGUUGCUGUUCAGCCGGCAGGGGAAGCUGCGACUGCAGAGAUGGUUCACGCCGGUAACAGACCGGGAGAAGAAGAAGGUGAUCCGGGACAUGACGAUGCUGGUGUUGGCGCGUCCACCUCGCUCCUGCAACUUCCUCCAUUGGAGGGACCUCAAGGUCGUUUACAAGAGGUAUGCCAGCCUGUAUUUCUGCACCGGUCUGGAGAACCAGGAUAAUGAGCUGCUGACCCUCGAAGUGCUGCACAGAUAUGUCGAGUUACUGGAUAAAUACUUUGGCAACGUGUGUGAGUUGGACAUCAUUUUCAACUUUGAGAAGGCUUACUUCAUCCUGGACGAGUUCCUGAUGGGAGGAGAAGUUCUGGAAACAUCUAAAGUAGCCGUGAGUGUGUCCAUGGAGGAGGCUGACACUCUGCAAGAGACGAUGGAGGAAUACAUGAGCAAACCUGCCUACUGA